GUCCUCGAACCACACUUGCUUGUCAGUUGUCAUGCACACCGACCGUCUACAGCCUUCAGGUGUUCAAAAUUCGAGGGUUUCCACUUUCCAAAAAUCUCACUCAGCUCGCCAAUGGCGGCAACAGUAGCUCUUCAGCUCAGACCCAAGCACAGAACCAUCGGAAACCCUAAUUUCAUUCACUUCUUCUCGUCUUCAACCUCAGACCCCAACGCCGAAGACCAAAACGCCACUUCUUCACCACCAUCGCAGCCACAACCACAACCACAAUCACAGUCACAGUCACAGUCACAGCCACAACCUUCGUUCUCUUCCUACUUCAGCGAGGUCAAAUCCAGUCUCAAACAAUCACCACCACAGCAAAGGCAACCUCGCAAGCCGUUCCCUCCUUCCUUCUCCACCACAAACACCACCAACGUCGCACCCCUCGAAGACAUACUCAAGAACCUCGCCGAAUUCCGCAGUCGCUCCGCCGUCCCACCGCCUGGCGGCCAACCAUCGCCUCCGCAGUCCCAGCACGUCUCGUUCCAGGAGCUCUACAAGCGAAAUGUGAUAUCGACAGGUGAAGGAUCUAACGCCGCGGAAGCCAAUAAAGACACCAAGCUGUCGUUUCAAGCAAUUCGCGAGAGCAUGCGGCAGAUUCGAUCGAACACGCCGAAGCAACAAGGCAAUGGAGGUGUUAGGCUGAACGAUCCAAUGUCGCUUUCGAAUUUUAAAGAGGUUUUGAAUACAAAAUCGGGUGAUCCGAAUGCGAACAAGUCUAAGACGGCGUUCGGAGGGAAUGACCUACCGUUAUCGGUGUUUGGGAGGGAAAUGAAUGCGAAGAUGAAUCUAGAGUCGGCGGUGAUGAAGACGGAGUUUGUGAAGAUGUAUGAUUAUGAUGAGUUGGGGAAGAAGUUGAGGAUGUUGAGGCCGGCCACGAAUGGGGGGAAUUGGUUUUCAUUUGGAGAGUUGAACCAGAGGUUAAUGAAGUUGAGGGAGAUUGAGGAGAAGGAAACCCAGUCAAAAAUUGUCGGCGUCAAUUAUAGCGAUUUGAGAGAGAGUCUUCAGAAGUUGAAGCUUUUGGAUGAGGAGAAGAUCAAGAAAGUUUCGUUUCAAAAACUCAAUGUCUUAGGCCAGCUUACUGGACCUCCGACCUUUAUGCUGUCACCUCCGAAAGAGCAAGUAGUUGAAAAGUAUUUCCAUCCAGAUAACAUGUCAUCUGCAGAGAAACUGAAACUUCAGCUUAAAAAAGUCAGAGAUGAAUUUAAAUUGUCAGAGUCGGAUUGUGGAUCUACUCCUGUUCAAGUGGCACAACUCACAACAAAGAUCAAGCACCUGUCUUCAACUUUGCACAAAAAGGAUAAGCAUUCUCGGAAGGGUCUUCAAGGCAUGAUUCAGAGGAGGAAGAAGUUGUUGAAGUAUCUCCGUAGAACUGACUGGGAUUCCUACUGCCUUAUUCUCUCUAAACUUGGUCUCCGAGACAACCCAGAUUACAAGAAUUAAAUAAGCAUGUAUCAAUGUCUUCCUUUUUCUUAACCCCGCUCUUUUGGGCGAAUGAAUUUUAAUCUAGGCGGAUUUCUUUUUCUUUAUUGUCCUCUUGUCUUCUAUGUGAAACAUUAGUUGUAGUUCUCUGGAGAACUUGUUUUAUUGAUGUCCACUCUCUAGAUCAUAUAAAGGAGCAGCCUAGAGAUCGAAGCAGUGAUUGCUUGAGGAGCUGUUUAUGGAUUGUCCCGAUGGAUUUAUUCACUGUUUUUGUAGUUCCAUGUUAGCUCUUUGUAGUUAAACCAAGUCAUUAAUUCUUUGUUCAGAAACC